AGAUAAAAUCUCGAAGCCUCUCAAACUACGGAGCCCGUUAUUUGCUUGCAUGCCUCAAUGUAAAUAACCUUGGUCCCCGGAGUGUUUCAUUGGGAUGGUGUUGGCGUGUUCUCUUUCGUGUUAGGGUUUCGUCACUCCUCCUCUGUCUAUCAAGAAUGGUGAGAAUCAGUGUCCUCAAUGAUGCUCUCAAAAGCAUCUACAAUGCUGAGAAGCGUGGAAAGCGGCAAGUCUUGAUUAGACCAUCAUCCAAAGUGAUCAUUAAGUUCCUUUUGGUCAUGCAAAAGCAUGGAUACAUUGGAGAGUUUGAGUAUGUUGAUGAUCAUCGGGCUGGCAAGAUUGUGGUGGAAUUGAAUGGAAGGUUGAACAAAUGUGGGGUUAUCAGUCCUCGCUUUGAUGUUGGUGUCAAAGAAAUUGAGCCGUGGACAGCGAGGCUACUUCCUUCAAGACAGUUUGGCUUUAUUGUGUUGACAACAUCUGCGGGCAUUAUGGAUCAUGAUGAGGCACGGAGAAAGAAUGUUGGGGGUAAAGUCCUUGGUUUCUUUUACUAAAUUGAUUUCCAGUCCCUAAUCAUGAAUGGUGGUUUUGAACAUCUAUGCUGCUGUCAAGCAUUUGUUUCUCAAAAUUAUGUUUCCCUUUAGUUAUUAUGAUCUACGGGGUCUUUCAAACCGAAAAGUGAGAUCAACAUUUUUGUUUUUUGGGAGAACUUGUGUUUGAUAAGUUUCUUUAUAAAUAUUGUAAUUCCGAUAUGAACUUCAAUUAAAUUAGGCUGUUUUUUGUUUUUCGAUGUAUUUUGAGUAAUGAAGUAAAAUUUUCAAUUGCUUUGUA